AUGGAUCAAGAUGGAUAUCCUAUCUAUCGUCGUCACAAUAAUGGUCAAGCUCAUAUUGUGAGGGGGAAAGAAGUUGAUAACAGAGACAUCGUACCAUACAAUGCAUAUCUUUCUAAACGUUUCAACUGUCACAUAAAUGUGGAAGUUUGUGCCGGAAUGAGAUGCGUCAAGUAUAUACACAAGUACAUUUAUAAGGGUUAUGAUCGUACAACGAUGGUGUUAGGAUUGAUAAAUGAGAUCCAACAAUAUCUCGAUGCGAGGUAUAUUGGACCUCCAGAAGCUGCUUGGCGAAUAUUUGGUUAUCCAUUGCAUGCAGAGAUACCAAAAGUUGUACGCUUAGCACUUCAUUUACCUGGAAUGCACCGCGUUCUUUUUAAUCCUGAUGAAUCAUUAGAAGCAAUUGCUUCUAGAGCUGGCCAACAAAUGUCAACUCUUACUGGUUUUUUUGCAUGUUGUGCUUCUAUGGAAGAUGAAUGUCCAUUCACUUACCAGGAAUUUCCACAACAUUUUGUUUGGCUUAAUUCAGAAAAGAGAUGGAAACCAAGGCAGCAGGGCUAUGCAAUCGGUAGAAUGUACUUUGCUAACCCUAAUUGUGGAGAGAGAUUUUAUUUGCGUUUGCUAUUAACUGUUGUCAAAGGACCAAAAUCAUUUCAAUGUUUACGCACGGUCAACAAUGUUUUGCAUGAUACAUUUAAAUCAGCAUGUGUUGCAAGAGGACUUUUAGAAGAUGAUGAAGAAUGGAUACAAUGCCUUAAAGAGGCUACAGUUAUGAAAACUGGAAAAAGUUUAAUUGACUUCCCGCUAAUGCCACAACCUUUUACAAAUUGGAGUGCAGUAGUUGGUAAUAGGUUGAUAUUCGAACAUCAACAACUGCAUAAUGAGGCACAACAGACAGAUGCAGAAAUUAUUAUUGAUCGCCUCAACAAUGAUCAACGAACAGCUUAUGAUUGUCACAACCUUGGCCAUAUUGUUAUUACUGUGGCUUCAUCUGGAAUUGCAUCAUUGUUAUUGGUAGGAGGUCGUACUGCUCAUUCAACUUUUUCCAUUCCGUUGGAUGUAUUGGAAAAUUCAAUUUGUGGAUUUAGCAAGCAAUCAUUACAAGCAGAAUUGUUUAGAGAAACAAAACUUAUAAUCUGGGAUGAAGUUCCUAUGCAGCAUAGACAUUGA